AUGAGAGCUCGAAUUUCAGGAAAUGAAAAAGCAUCACUAUUUGCGAAAAAAAUUCUACAAAUAGGAGAGGGCACCUUCCCAGUUGAUGAAAGUUCUGAUCAGAUUACCUUGUCGAAUGAGUUGUGUAAUUUAGUUAAAACACCCGAACUUAUAUACAAAAUUUAUCCAAAUAUACGCCAAAACUACGUCAAUUCAGAAUGGUUUUAUGAACGAUCCAUUUUAGCUACUAAAAAUGAAAUUGUAAAUAGUAUCAAUGAAACAAUUCAAGAUAUGAUACCUGGAGCAGUGAAAAUAUACUAUUCAAUUGACACAACGAUCAAUGAAAAUGAAAGUGUGAAUUUUCCAACGGAAUUUCUUAAUUCAUUGGAUAUUCCUGGAAUGCCGUUACACUGUCUUAAACUAAAAGUAGGCUCUCCGAUCAUUUUAUUACGAAAUCUCAAUUCACCACAGCUAUGUAAUGGUACAAGAUUAUGUGUUAAACAACUACAAAAUAAUGUUAUUAAGGCAAAAAUACUGACAGGAAAAGACAAAGUGAACACGGUAUUCAUUCCACGAAUCCCCUUAAUAUCAAACGAAAUGUCAAUUAAUUUUAAACGAUUACAAUUUCCCGUAAAAUUAGCCUAG